AUGAAAAAAAAUGAAAAAUAUGACAAAAAUAAAUGUAUCAUAUUUUCUACCCUGCUAAGAUAUAAAAAAUAUUUGACGAAAAAAGGGAACACUUACUUCGACUUCAACCAAACAAACUUAAAGUUGAACGAGAAGGAGCUUUUACUCCAGAACAGCAACUACUUUCACCUCUUUGACAUCAGUUCUCUAUUCUACCCCCAUGUGUAUGUUAAUGUAAAUUCGCACAUGAGUGUAAACAUAUCGGAUUAUUUGAAUUACGUGAAAAGGGGAUCCCCAGAGAAGGACCCCCCAGUGAAGGACCCCCCGGUGAAGGACUCCUCAGUAGACGCAAACCAAAUUAUGCAGUACGCCUCCCGGCAGGAGUUCAUUUUAGAAGCCAUCCAAAAAGUGGAGCACAUAGAAGUCUUCAAAAAAGUGCAGCUCGUGAAAAAGCUACUCCUAACAGUGAACAGGGAGGUAGCCCAGAAGGUCCAGACCUACGUAGAAAACAUCCCAGAAGUCAAUCCAAAUGACUACAUCUUUGUGCAGACCAACCGAAAGAAUGAUCUCCUCUUUGGCUACGUAAAAAGUAGCAAAUUUAAUUUAAUUUUCGAAAUUUUUAAUUUUAACAAAUUUUUUAAAAAGUGCCACGACGAUAAUGUAGACAUAACUGUACACGAAGUGAAGGACAAAGGAUCUGAUGAACCAAGUUUUGUUGAGGGGGGCGCCACCGAAGGAGAGAUAUAUCUAAAGGAACAGUCCAUUCAUGUGAAGAAGGACGUCUACCAGAACGUCAAAUUCUGUUCCGAUCACUACUGCUAUUAUUACUUCUUUAAAAAUGCCCCUGUGGAGUGCAUUUUCGCGGAAGGAAAAAGAAGCAAAAAAAUCUUCACAUUUAAUCUCUGCCUAAAGUACGUAAAGAAUCAUCUAUUUGUUCUCAUACUAUUCAAUUAUAGUCCCCCCCCGAAGGAUGAGAAGCACUGUGUUGACGUGGAAGCAGCCGUCCCCAACUUGGACGAAAUGGAUGCACAUAACAAACACUUUAACCUGAACGAGACAGACAAAAAUGUAUUCAAAAGGAAUACCUUUUUUGUACAUCAUUUGUAUGACCAGUUAAGGUGCAAAGUCUUGAGUCUUAUCAGUUUUGUGAACUUCCCCCCAAAUGAUUACCUUGCAGAUAUUCACUUGACCAAACUGAGGAGGUGUAGUUAUUCUUCUCCGUCUUCUUCGUCUUCUCCGUCCCCCUCUCCUUCCUCUCCUUCCUCCCCAGGAGGCUACUCCUUCAACGUGUACUGCUUAUCCAAUGGAGGGGUCGUCUAUAUCUUUAUUUGCACCUUUAUGAUGAGAGACAACCUUUGUGAGGAUUCCUUCCAGUUCCACGUAUCCAAAUAUCACCAUUUUGAGUUAAGGAGGAAGGACACCACCUACCACAGCAUCAAAGCUGUAAAGUGUAGCUCGACGUUCAUGCGCACUCUCUGCGGGGGGGGACCCCAAAGGCGCACAAGGAAGAAGGUCAACCGAAGGAGGAACAACUCACGAGGAGAGCAGUUCGCGACGAACAACAAAUGGGAAAAAAUACCCCAUACUUUAGAGGAAGAAACGGUAGCACUGCUCCAAAGUGAGAACCUUCGUAAAGCACGAGGGAAUAUAAUUUCCUCACGGAUCAGCUCAGAUGAAGAGGAGCCUACCUGUGGAAGUACCCAAAUGGAAAAGUACAAAUACUUUUUCUUGAUAAUAACGAGCAAGUGUGACCUGUUCAUUGUGACCUUCAGGAGAAAGAAAAAAAGAGGGGACAUUGAAUUGGUAAAUUAUUCCUGUACGAAUAGCAGUAACCCUAACCAUAUCAUCCAGGGGGUGCUUAUCAAUAAGCACCAUUUUGGGAAGACCGAUGAAGGGGAGAAAAAAUCAAAAGGGAAAACUGUAAUGGGACACACAAACGGAAGUAUGCCUCACCAUCAUCGUAUGAAACAACAAAGUAGAAGCUGCUCAAUAUUCGAGCUGCUCUGCUACUUCCAAAACGGGGACGUAAAGAAAUACAAUUUUGUCUGCACCGAGAAGGAACAUCUAGAAUUUUUUCUCAUCAAAAAUGAAUUACCUAGAGGUGAACUCUUAUGCAAGAAGCAAUUCUUCAUUCCGAUCCUCUUUCCAUUUAAUGAAGAAGUACUCAAGAAGAAAAAAAAAACGACAACAGAAAAGCAAUAUGAAAAUGUUAGUCUUUGUGUAAAUGACCAGUGUCUUGUUAUAACUUAUGUCAAGUCCUUCUGUAAGUUGCUGCGGCACAUAUGCUCAGUGAUGGAAAGGGUCAGGAGCUACCAGGGCAAAUUGCAUAGAGAGGGUGACGCAAACUUCCACGACCAAGUAGAUAUCCUUGAAAUGGGAAGAAAGAGCAACUCCAGAAGGAGCAACGCAGGAGGCGAAAGAGACGCCGAUUUCUCACCAGACCAACGAAGUAACUUCGACUAUCUAUCUUAUGAUAACCUUGUCGGGGGUAUCUCGAACAUCCCAUCCAGGGAAAACAAAAGGAAGAUCAAAAUUAAUUUUUAUCACUUCCUCCAAAUGUUAAUCCAUUUUCAAGAAAACUACGUCAGCGAGGGUAACUCCUUUUUUCACCUAAUAUUUAACGAACUCUGCCAGAAAAAUGUUUUCCCUACUGGUGGCAAUCGCACCAAUGCAGUGGGGAGGGAGACCUCGUCGCUUCAGCUGGAUCCCAUCGUAGACAUAAGGACUCACUUCUCUGUUUUGUUUUCCUUCUUCAUUCACAUGUACAAUUUUUGCUUGAAGCAAAACGGCAUCAUCCUCUACAUCAUGCUUAAUACAUUACGAAUCAAUAACACUAACCUAUUUGUUAAUGUAAAUUACGACUUGAGGAAAAAUAACUUAGACUACUUCUACCUCCUCCUACUGCUCAAUUUUUAUAGCAUCCACAAAAUUUUAAUUUCAGAGGGUAACGCUCAGAAUAGCCUCAUUGAAGACGAAGAAGAAAAUCUGCACCUAUUCUUCGAUCAUAUUUUCCAAAAUAAAGCUAUUCCAAAUGGAGACAAAAGAAACACUGAGAAAAUAGAAGAAAUCGAAAUAGACCAUGACACAUUUGAGAGACAUCAAAUACUGAUACAUGAUUUUAUAAAAAGGAUAACGAGUCGCUUAAAGAAUGACCCCUAUAUGAUUGAGCGAAUUUAUUUUAAAAUCAAUUGCGUUUUUUGUGGAAAGGUAAGUGUUUCAAAUUUGUAUAAUAAUUAUUAUAUCUGUGAGCAGAAGCACAUUUUUAACAAGUGCAUGGUUACUCUAUGUUGCAUAGGAAAGAGUAGCUUGAUCAUCCCCAGUGUUUACCUUUCACGUGAUUUAAGUAAAUCAGUUUUUGAGGAACCCAUCGGUACUUUACAAUUCAAUCUGAGAGUGAAAUUGGAUUGUACGUACUUUUGCUCCUUUUGCCAUUUAUUUAUGACGACUCAGAAUAGCUUCUUCGCGAAGCACUUCCUUUUUAAGCAGUGUCCCUUUUGCAAUCACGAUUUGGUGGCCGUGUGA